AUGGACGGCUGGGGUGAUGGGCCCGGGGGCACAGGCUUAAACCCCUGCCCGGGACCACCUCCCCCGCAGCUGCGGCUCAGCCCCGCCGACCUCGGCUCCUGCCCGCCCUGCGGCCCCUGCCCCAUCCCGAAGCCGGCAGCCAGAGGCAGGUGCCAGAGCCAGGACUGGGGGAAGAGCGACGAGCGGCUGCUACAGGCGGUGGAGGGCAACGACGCCGCGCGGGUGGGCUCCCUCAUCGCCCGCAAGGGGCUAGUGCCCACGAAGCUGGACCCGGAGGGCAAGUCCGCGUUCCACCUGGCGGCCAUGAGGGGCGCAGCCAGCUGCCUGGAGGUGAUGCUCGCACACGGCGCCGACGUCAUGAGCACGGAUGGGGCAGGUUACAAUGCCCUCCACCUGGCCGCCAAAUAUGGGCACCCACAGUGCUUGAAGCCAUUGCUACAGGCAUCCUACAUGGUGGAUAUCGUCGACAGCAGUGGGUGGACGGCCCUGCAUCAUGCAGUGGCUGGCGGCUGCAUCUCCUGCUCAGAAAUGCUCUGCUCCUUCAAGGCACAACUGAAUCCCCGAGAUCGGUUGGGUACAACACCCCUCAUCAUAGCAGCUCAGAUGUGUCAUACAGAUCUGUGCCGCCUCCUUCUGCAGCAGGGGGCUGCCGCAAAUGACCAGGACCUGCAGGGCAGGACAGCCCUGAUGCUGGCCUGUGAGGGGGCCAGCCCGGAAACAGUGGAGGUGCUGCUGCAGGGCGGGGCUCGGCCGGGCAUCACCGAUGCUCUGGGCCAGGAUGCUGCUCACUACGGCGCCCUGGCCGGGGACAAAUUCAUCCUGCACCUCCUGCAGGAGGCGGCCCAGCGCCCCUCACCACCCAGCGAGGAUGACUCAGGCGAGGCCUCAUCUCAGAACUCUGUGUCCAGCCAUGAAAAGCGAGGGGCUACCAAGAAGCGGAAGGCGCCUCAGCCCCCUGCGAGCAUCCCUGUGCCGGAUGAUCGAGAUGCCUACGAGGAGAUCGUGCGGCUGCGACAAGAGAGGGGCCGCCUGCUGCAGAAGAUCCGGGGCCUGGAGCAGCACCAGGAACAGAGGAAGCAGGAGCUGCCAGAGGCGGAGGCCAGCUCGCUCCACAGCCUGGAGAGACAGGUGCAAGAGCUGCAGCAGCUGCUGGCGCAGAAGCAGGAGGAGAAGGAGAGUCUGGGCCGGGAGGUGGAAAGUCUGCAGAGCAGGCUGUCCCUGCUGGAGAGCGAGCGGGAGAACACCAGCUAUGACGUGGCCACCCUGCAGGAUGAGGAGGGUGAGCUGCCCGACUUUCCAGGGGCCGAGGCCCUGCUCUCCAAGCGGCUAAGCCUGUCGGCCCAGGAGCUCUUGGCCUCGCUGCAGGAGCAGGUGGACGUGCUCACCAGACAGAACCAGGAGCUGAUGGAGAAGGUCCAGAUCCUGGAGAACUUCGAGAAAGAUGAAAUGGAGGUGAAUGGCUCAGCCGAGGUCAUCCCUCUGGCCCUCUAUGACUCUCUCCGGGCGGAGUUGGACCAGCUCCGCAGGCAGCACGCUGAGGCCCUGCGGGCGCUGGAGCAGCAGGAGGCACGGGAGGCACCCGGAGAAGAGGAGGCAGCCCCUGGGGAGGGCAAGGAUACGGGAGCCGAGACCACCAGAAACGGGCCAAUGGAAACAGAGCUUAAUGGGGCCAUGGCUCUGGAGACCAAAGUGAACGGAACUGAGACCACAGACGAGGAGGCUGUGGGAGUCAAAACCACAGAAGCCAGGACUUUGGAAGCAGCACCCAUGGGGGCUGAGGCCACGAAAACAAAAUCCACACAUGUUGAGGCUACAGAAACAGAGGGUGCAGGAGCUGAAGGCUUAGAAACCAAGGCCACGGGGGCUGAGGUCACAGAAACAAAAGCUCUAGAAGAAGGAGGAAACCCAGAAACAAAAGCCACAGGAGUGGAGGCCACAAACGUGAAAGGAGAGGAACCAGAAAUGAAGGCCAGUGAAGCAGGUGCUGUGGAGGCAGAGCUCAUGAGCACAGAAACCACGAACAUGGAGCCCACAGGAGCGGAGGCCACGAACACGGAGCCCACGGGAGUGGAGGCCACGAACAUGGAGGCCACGGGAGUGGAGGCCACGAACACGGGGGCCAUGGGAGUGGAGGCCACGAACAUGGAGCCCACGGGAGUGGAGGCCACGGGAGCGGAGGCCACAGGCCCCAUCCUGCACCCUGGUGCUGCUGAGGCCUCAGAAAUGUUGCAAGCAGAGCUGGAGACUAGGAUUCGUGGCUUGGAGGAGGCACUACGGCUGCGAGAGCGGGAGGCAGCCACCGAGCUGGAGGCAGCCCGUGGCAAGUGCAAGGCUGCGGAGGCUGAGGCAGGUCGGCUGCGGGAGCGAGUGCGGGAGGCUGAGGUUGGCGGGGCCGGCGUGGUCAGCAGUGGUGACACAGUCCAGCUGCGGGCGGCCCUGGAGCAGGCCCGGGAGGACCUCCGAGACCGGGACUCCCGCCUCCGGGAGCUGGAGGCCACUUCGGCCUGGCUGGACGAGGCCCGGGCUGGACGGCUGCUGGCUGAGGAGGAGGCCCGGGGCCUGCGGGCAAAGCUGGCCCAGCGGGAGGAGGUGCAGCUGGAGCAGAGCCGGGAGCUGGAGGCGCUCCGGAAGCAGUUAGCCACUGCCACAGCUGCCGGGGAAGAGCAUCGUGCAGCGGCUGCCAAGCUGGGCCGAGCACGGGAUGCAGCCGAGGCCCGGGCCACUGAGCUGGCCACAGCCUGCGAGGAGGCUCGGCGGGGCCUGGCAGAGCUGCGCGAGGCCUCCGAGGCCCUCCGCCAGUCCGUGGUGCCUGCCUCUGAGCACCUCCAGCUGCAGGAGGAGGCACUGGAGCUGCGGCGCCGGGCGGCCAGCCUGGAGCAGGAGGUGGUGGCUACGGGCAAGGAGGCUGCCCGGCUGCGGGCGGAGCUGGAGCGGGAGCGUGUGGGGAGCGUGGCCCGCUUGGACCACGAGCGCAUAGUGGGUGCGCUGCAGGCCGACGUGGCCCGGCUGGAGGGGCAGCUGGAGGAGCUGGGACGCCGCCACGAGAAGACCAGCGCCGAGGUCUUCCAGGUGCAGCGGGAGGCACUGUUCAUGAAGAGCGAACGGCAUGCGGCCGAGGCCCAGCUGGCCGUGGCAGAGCAGCAGCUGCGGGGGCUGCGGACCGAGGCCGAGCAGGCGCGCCAGGCCCAGAGCCGUGCCCAGGAGGCCCUGGACAGGGCCAAGGAGAAGGACAAGAAGAUCACAGAGCUCUCCAAGGAAGUCUUCAGUCUUAAGGAAGCACUGAAGGACCAGCUGGCAGCCCCAGGCACGCCCGAGGUGGAGGCCUUGCGUGGCCAGCUGAAGGCUUUGCAGGAGCAGCAGGAGGAGGCUGCCAGGGCCCACAGCGCAGUGGUGACCUUGUAUAGGAGCCACCUCCUAUACGCCAUUCAGGGCCAGAUGGAUGAAGAUGUGCAGCGCAUUCUGAGCCAGAUCCUACAGAUGCAGAGGCUCCAGGCUCAGGGCCGCUGAGCAUCCGAGCGCUGACCCCCCGCCCACCAG